CCGGCGUGCACGCUGUGUGUCGCGUCCACGCUGGCAGUGGACAUCCGACUGCAGACGCGUGUGUUGGCCUGCACGGUGCACAGUGAUAACGAACUACGCACACAGAAAAACGAACCCUAUUUACAUCCCGAUGGUGAAGCUGCGCAAACUCUUGCGAGAUGACGACGCUUCAUCGCCGACAGGGACAGAUUACCAUGCGGUUUCCAGUUAUUCGACGUUUAAAGGAUAUCGAAGGAAGCACCUUAUUCGUGCAAAAGCGUUGAAGAAGAUGCUAACGCCGAGACGUUCGGGACCAAUCAGUCCCGAUGAGAUCGGCAAUGUACCUGACGCGAAGGAUCCCGGCCCCACAGGAAGUGGUUCGGUGACUCCAGGCUCGUAUGAAAACGGCGAAGGGGCGAAAGAGUUCCUCACGACCGGAAGAACUGGCAGAAGGAAUGCCUUGCCGAAUAUUAUGGGACGUCACGCCGAAACCGGAAUAUUAGACUUGCCGGACCGUUUCGACGAGCUUUCCACGAAUACAGAUCAGCCUAAUAAUGGACAAGAUCCGAACGCACCGAGUACAUCGAAACAGGGCUGACGCGACUCUGGGUAAGCAGCAUCAAAAGGGAAAAGGUAUUAUUUGAAGUUUCACGAAGGGAAAUACCGCAACGCCAUCGAUAUUCCGAUCGACAUCGAACUUUUGCAGCGCUAAUGAUCGUAGAACUAUUUCGACGCCUAUGGAGCACGGUCAGCUCGUUGAAGAUGUGCGCACGCAAAUAUCAUUGCUAACGUUGCCUUUCUCUAUUUGGAUGUUGGUGCGUCCUCGACUUACGUAGGCAACUUGUAUUUAGCGAAGGCUAAAUCUCAAAGGCACGAGGAUAAUAUUCAUUGAAAUAACACGCGAUGAUAAGUUGUUA